AUGUUUCGUACGAUAACUUGUGAAAAUGAUAUGGCACGUAGCGAUACAUCAGUUGAACAAUUCAUUACAUCCGGCGAGAACGCACACUCGACAUGUCGUCGAGGGAACGUUUAUGAUGAUGAAGCAACCUCAUCAACUUCCAUUUGCAAUACGUCAUCUUCAAACGAUGAAAGUCCAUCUCGAUCUGUCUCCAACUGCAAUUUCUCCAAUGCAAUCGCUACACUGCAAUCGAAAGGUAAUCACUGA